UACUUCUAUGGAUUCUCGAGGAAAAUGUAAAGACUUCCAUAAAUUACUUAGUACCUUUCAACGCUCGUAUUCCAAUUUUUUAUUUAUUUUUUGAGCCUCCCCUAAAUUUACUUUGCUCCGCUGCCUAUGCAUUCCAAAUAUGAUAUUUUUUUAAAGUUUCUUUUAUGUUAUUGUGCAUGAAAACCUUGCAAUAUUAGUCGAAGAAUUUGGAUUAUCGGACUUCACGAAUGGUGAACAUAGGGUUUUGUUAUGUGGCUAACGUUUUUAGACUGUAAAAAUAGUUUAUUUUAUAGCAUUUGAGAAGCUUCAUAGAGUGCCAAGAGAACUAAGUGUGAAGAAAGUUUCAUUAACGCAAUAAUUAAAAUGGCAAAUUCUUUCCUCAUAGGCAUUUCAAAUUCAAAAUGUAAGCAAUUGAUUAUUUAUAUAUGGUCUAGCAGAUCCGAAACAUUGUUUUAAAUGAAUGGCUCUUACAUGAAACUAUAACCCGAACAAAGAGUUAUCAAAAUAACUUUGAAUCUCUCUUCAUCUUUGUUUGUUUUCUAUCGAACGAAUGCUCGUAUUACUAGUGACUAUCGCUAACUAACGGAUUUUUUAUUAUGUCAUGAAGAUAGAUCCUAUUCACAGCUAUGAUAGAAUCAAAUAACCAUGAACUUACGAUCUUUUAUUCUAUAAAUGUCUCAAUUAGAUUAUUCGUUGAAAAUAAAGAAAAGCGGAACUGCGUUCUUAUUCUUAUGGGCCUCGUUCUUUCAAAAAGUACUUGUUACUAACGACAUCUAUAUCGGAUCUUUUUCCUAAUAACUUUUUUUUCUUUUUUUAUGCUCUCCAGUUCUUCUUUCUAAACUUUUCACGACCAAUUGUCAAUUUUACUUAUUUAUUUACUUAAAUCUUAGUUUCAGGUUUAAAAAUGGUAAAACCAAGCGUUAGUCCAAAGAAAUAUUGUUUAUCAAAUAGAUUCUUAUCAUCUAUAGUGUAAUGGCUAAACAUAUGUUCAUCAAACUUUUAUCAAAUAUGAUAUUUACACUCAAUUUUUAGAUAAAAUUAUUUAUAUUUACAACGAGUUUUGUAUUCGAUGCAUGAAACCAACGUUUGAUGAAUAAACAUUCUGCUUCAAACGAUAUUCUAUCUAAAUUAGUUGACGAGGUGAAAGAAUAAAAAAGAACGAAACUUUCUCAAAAUAUAAAAUUGUGUUUUGUUGUUUUCAGAAUGAAGAUAUUGUUUUAGAACCUUUGCUUUCAUCGAAUCAAGAAGUAAGUAUAUAAAAAGAUUCGAAUAAUUAAUUUGUAUGAGCUAGAGAAUUGAUUUUUCCUCUAUGCUUUUGCUGUUAGUCAAAUGACAAUUUAUUGGGGAGUCAGCACCAUAUACAAGAUUCACAAGCAUUUUCUUCUACGUUCAUUUCGAGAAUGAUAAGGUGCCGUAAGUGUCGCAAAUUCACUAAUUUUCUUUAAAUGAUAUUUGUCCUGUAUUAAUCCCACAUGUGUGGUUUUUUUCACUUCAAUAAAUCUGUGAAUUCAAGAAAAAUAAUACUUUUCUUUUUUAAUGUAUCAAUAGGUUAUCCAAUGAGUCUACGACAAUCUCGUAUGUGCUGUUUUGAAGCAUUAAAAAGUAUUCCGGUAGUUUUUAUUCUUGCCAUUGUCGCAUGGUCCUAUUAUGCAUAUGUUGUACAAAUGUGUAUUUUAACUAUUGACAAUGUUCCAAAAAAAGUUAUAUAUUUAUUUAUUUAUCAUCCGUUAUUAUUUCUCUUCUUAUGGUCUUAUUAUCAAACAAUAUUUAAACCUUUAGUUGGACCGCCUACUGAUUUCUUUGUUGGUGAAGCAGAAGGUGAACGUAUAGCAACAGCACAAACAUUAGAUGAACGACGUACGUCUCUUCUUCGUUUUUCUCGUCGAGGAGAUUUACCGGUAUUAACUCGACAUUUUGAUGGAAGUAUUCGUUACUGUUUUUUAUGUCGAUGCAUAAAGCCUGAUCGAGCUCAUCAUUGUUCUCUAUGUGGAAAAUGCGUUCUUCGAUAUGAUCAUCAUUGUCCAUGGACAAAUAGUUGUGUUUCCUAUGCAAAUUAUAAAUUUUUUAUUUUAUUUCUUGGUUGGGCUUUAGUAUUUUGUACUUAUGUUGCAGCAACAUCAUUAGAAUAUUUUAUUCUUUUUUGGCAGGAUGUGAACAAUUCAGCAUCACCAGGUGGAAAAUUCCAUUUACUUUUUCUCUUUUUUGCGUCAAUUAUGUUUGCUAUUAGUGUAUCAUCAUUAUUUUUUUAUCAUUUAUAUUUAACUGGAAAAAAUCGAACUACACUUGAAUCAUUCCGAGCACCAAUAUUUUCUGAUGGACCACAGAAAGAUGGAUUUAAUAUAGGAUGCAAACAAAAUUUUCAAGAAAUAUUUGGAAAAAUAUUUCUAACCGCAAUUAUACCCAUAUGGACAACUCGAGGUGAUGGAGUUCAUUAUCAAGUGAAUAGUGUAUUACUUGGUGGUUUGCAACAACAACAACAACAACAACAACAGCAGCAGCAGCAGCAGUUUGGUAAUAUGAGGUAUGCUUUGAAAACAACAUUAUAG